CUGAGCCACUCCCACUCACAUCGUCCCAGUAUCCGAACGGAACCGAUCGAGGUGUCACCACAAGGAAGUGCCGAAUCAUCCUCCGAUUCGAGAUCCCCACUUGGCCACUCGGCGUUGAGCAUGGAUCACCUGCAAGUUCACCCAGGCACGGCGCCCGCGGGCAACGUGGAGGUGGAGAUAGGCCAGGGCCACCACCAAGCGCAAGCGGCCGUGCACCCGCAGCUGCCAACGGCGCACGGCCGCCCGGCCAUGAACCAGCAGCACCUCGGCGCGCAGGGCCCGAACACCUGGGUCGGCAACGACGCCAACACGCUGCUUGUGGUGGCCACGCUGAUCACCACGCUCACGUACCAGCUCGGCACCAACAUCCCCGGCGGGUACUGGCAGGACACCAAGACGCAGGACGGCAGGGACCUGUACCGCGCCGGCGACCCCAUCAUGCGCGACCUGCACCGGCCCAGGUACUGGAUGUUCAUGGCGGCGAGCUGGGUGGGGUUCGGGAGCUCCAUGGUGAUGACGUUGAGCCUGCUGGUGCGGAUGUCGGUGGACUCGCGGCACGUGCGGUGGUCCUUCGUCGUGGCCUACUCCAGCCUCGUCCUCACCUUCAUCGUGUCGCAGCCCAAGACGCACCUGUCCAUCGACAUCCUCGUCUGGGCGGCCGUCCUCGCCUUCCUCUGGCUCAUCGUCAGCGUCCGCCCGGCGCACCGCACGCGCAUCGCCCAUGUCCUCUGCUGCAACCACACCACAACAGAAUGACGGAUCUCGCUCCCACGUCGAGUCCACUCACUAGGCCAUUACAUAGAUAGUUAGGUCAUCGCGAGGGAAGCAGUGUGUCUAGUUUUAUCGGAGGAAGAGUAGUUAGCCCGCUGUUUUCUAGGAGUGAUAUGAUUGCCAUUUUCUGUUUCAAGAUGUAUGACUUGGAAUUAAUACUGCUGAUAUUAGUAUUGAAUUGACUGGCAAUCCUUUAGCCACAGUUCUUUCCGAGUGCCAGACUUGUAAUCUCAUCUCAGUACUCCUACUGUAAAUAACCUUCUCUGGUCUUGAUGAAA